UGAUACAGUACCGUGACUGCGUAUUCACUCCAAUCGGAAGAAAAUGUUGAGAGUCGCCGCUGUUCGGAGGCUUUCGUCCUCUCUCUGGAGGCCAACGCACGUUGCCUCCUCCUCCUCCUCCUCCGCCAUCGCUCACUGUCCCGUCGGUGGAGACGAUUACGGAAUCUACUCCUUCAAUUCCUUCCUUUUUAACUCUCACCCUCUAUUCCACUCCCACUCCCCCUCCAGAGGUUUUGGUUCUGGUUCUGGUCCAAUAUCACCAAAGAAUGAAAGAAGGUCAUCCAUUCCAGAGGUUCCAGCAACAGUGGCUGCUAAGAAAAGUCCGACACCGAAGAUAGUUUAUGAUGAGCAUAACCAUGAGAGGUACCCUGUGGGUGACCCCAGUAAACGGGCGUUUGCGUACUUUGUGUUGACAGGUGGGAGAUUUGUAUAUGCUUCGUUGCUGCGGCUCCUGGUAUUGAAGUUUAUACUGAGCAUGUCUGCGAGCAAGGAUGUGCUGGCGCUUGCAUCCCUAGAGGUUGAUCUGUCAAGUAUUGAACCUGGUACAACUGUCACAGUGAAGUGGCGUGGAAAACCAGUGUUCAUUAGGCGGAGGACAGAGGCAGAUGUGAAGAUGGCUAACAGUGUUGAGUUGGGAUCUCUGCGGGACCCACAAAAAGACUCGGAGAGGGUGAAGAAUCCAGAGUGGCUUAUAGUGGUUGGGGUAUGCACGCACUUGGGUUGUAUACCAUUACCAAAUGCUGGUGAUUUUGGGGGAUGGUUUUGCCCAUGCCAUGGUUCUCAUUAUGAUAUAUCUGGAAGAAUACGAAAGGGACCUGCUCCAUACAAUCUCGAAGUUCCUACUUAUACUUUCUUGGAUCACAACAAGCUAUUGAUCGGAUGAUCACACCCCAAUCCCGACCGACUUGUAUGUGGGAUUUCCUCGGUCUUAAAAUGAUCUUUGUUGUCAACAUCCAUUCUCUGGAAGAAAUAUCUAUUGACGAUUAUUUAAUUAUUUAUUUUUAAUUAAAUAAAAAAAAUACUA